GUCCCGGAGGCGGACCUGGCCUCUGCCAGGGUUGAGUGCGCCGCUGAGCGGAUGGCCGUGGGAGCUGAGCGGAUUCCCGAGCAACGCCGGCCAGCUACUUGAGUGUCAUCUGUUGCCACCCAUCGAUGUCAAGAUGACUAAGCUGGGAUUUUUGCGGUUGUCCUAUGAGAAGCAGGACACGCUGCUGAAGCUUCUCAUUCUGUCCAUGGCUGCUGUGUUGUCAUUCUCCACUCGUCUCUUUGCCGUCCUGAGAUUUGAAAGUGUCAUCCACGAGUUUGAUCCGUACUUUAAUUAUCGGACUACCCGGUUCCUUGCUGAGGAGGGGUUUUAUAAAUUCCAUAACUGGUUUGAUGACCGGGCCUGGUACCCAUUGGGCCGAAUCAUUGGUGGAACGAUUUACCCAGGCUUAAUGAUCACCUCUGCUGCAAUCUACCAUGUACUCCAUUUUUUCCACAUCACCAUCGACAUUCGGAAUGUCUGUGUGUUCCUGGCCCCUCUCUUCUCUUCCUUCACCACCAUCGUCACGUACCACCUUACCAAAGAGCUCAAGGAUGCGGGGGCUGGACUUCUUGCUGCUGCCAUGAUUGCUGUAGUUCCUGGGUAUAUCUCCCGAUCUGUAGCUGGCUCCUAUGACAAUGAAGGAAUUGCCAUCUUUUGCAUGCUACUCACUUACUACAUGUGGAUCAAAGCAGUAAAGACUGGUUCCAUCUAUUGGGCAGCCAAGUGUGCCCUUGCUUAUUUCUACAUGGUCUCUUCAUGGGGAGGCUAUGUGUUCUUGAUCAACUUGAUCCCGCUCCAUGUGCUGGUGCUGAUGCUCACGGGACGCUUCUCCCACCGGAUCUAUGUGGCCUAUUGCACUGUCUACUGCCUGGGCACCAUUCUUUCCAUGCAGAUCUCCUUUGUGGGCUUCCAGCCUGUCCUCUCAUCAGAGCACAUGGCAGCCUUUGGGGUCUUUGGCCUCUGCCAGAUCCAUGCCUUUGUGGAUUAUCUGCGCAGCAAGUUGAACCCACAGCAAUUUGAAGUUCUUUUUCGAAGUGUCAUCUCCCUGGUCGGCUUUGUCCUUCUCACCGUGGGAACUCUCCUCAUGCUCACAGGAAAAAUAUCUCCCUGGACGGGGCGUUUCUACUCACUGCUGGAUCCUUCUUACGCGAAGAACAACAUCCCCAUCAUUGCUUCUGUGUCUGAGCAUCAGCCUACGACCUGGUCUUCAUACUAUUUUGACCUGCAGCUUCUUGUCUUCAUGUUUCCAGUUGGUCUCUAUUACUGCUUUAGCAACCUGUCCGAUGCCCGGAUUUUCAUCAUCAUGUAUGGUGUGACCAGCAUGUACUUUUCAGCUGUCAUGGUGCGUCUGAUGCUGGUGCUGGCGCCUGUUAUGUGCAUUCUUUCUGGCAUCGGAGUCUCCCAGGUACUGUCCACUUACAUGAAGAAUCUAGACAUCAGUCGUCCAGACAAGAAGAGCAAGAAGCAACAGGAUUCUACCUACCCUAUUAAGAAUGAAGUGGCAAGUGGGAUGAUAUUGGUCAUGGCUUUCUUUCUCAUUACCUACACCUUUCAUUCAACCUGGGUGACCAGUGAGGCCUACUCUUCUCCCUCCAUUGUGCUGUCUGCUCGUGGUGGGGAUGGCAGUAGAAUCAUUUUUGAUGAUUUUCGAGAAGCGUACUAUUGGCUUCGUCACAAUACUCCAGAGGAUGCUAAGGUCAUGUCAUGGUGGGAUUAUGGCUACCAGAUCACAGCUAUGGCGAAUCGGACGAUUUUAGUGGACAAUAACACGUGGAAUAAUACCCAUAUUUCUCGAGUAGGGCAGGCAAUGGCAUCCACAGAAGAAAAAGCCUAUGAGAUCAUGAGGGAGCUUGAUGUUAGCUACGUGUUGGUCAUAUUUGGAGGCCUUACUGGGUAUUCCUCUGAUGACAUCAACAAGUUUCUGUGGAUGGUCCGGAUUGGAGGGAGCACAGACACAGGCAGACAUAUCAAGGAGCAUGAUUAUUAUACUCCAACUGGGGAAUUCCGUGUGGACCGGGAGGGUUCUCCGGUGCUGCUCAACUGCCUUAUGUACAAGAUGUGUUACUACCGCUUUGGACAGGUGUACACAGAAGCCAAGCGUCCACCAGGUUUUGACCGUGUGCGGAAUGCUGAGAUUGGGAAUAAGGACUUUGAGCUCGAUGUCCUGGAGGAAGCUUAUACCACAGAGCACUGGCUAGUAAGGAUAUACAAGGUAAAGGACCUGGAUAAUCGAGGCUUGUCAAGGACAUAAACAUUACGUCCAGCUCUGAUAUGCUUCGCACUGAGCGCGUCACGUUUAGGACGCUGAAGAUGUUUUUAAAAUAUGCAGUUUAUAAGACUGGAGCACGAUGGGAUUAGAAUUGUCUGGAAGUUUUGCCCUGGGUAAUAUGGGCUGGGCCAAAUGCAAUGAUUUUUUUUUUAUAAUUCUGAGAGGUUACCAAAUGAAAUGUCAUGGCUUUACUUUGGUCAAUUAAAGGGAGGGAAUUUUUUUUUUUUAAUGUGCCUUAUUUGUUUUUAUUUUUGACUGAUUUGAGGAAGGCAGAAGUUUAUGCUGGGCUGAUAAAAGGACAGAAAGCAGGCCUCAUCCCUGUUUUUAGCUUCCUAAAUCAGCUAUGUAGGGGCAUACUGUCUUUAUCAAGUCAGGAAAACUUCAAGGGCUGGGUCAGAUCCUACAUAUACAAACAAUUUUGUCAUUUCAAAAAUUACAGCACUGAGCACAAUGCUGUGCACAUAGUAGGUGCUCAAUAAACUUUUAUUGAAUGAAUAAAUGUGGGACUAGAGGAGUGCCAUUUCUGGGUAGGAAAGGCAGCGAUGUUGCCAUCAUGUCUCUGUUCUCAACAUUAUCUCAUCCUUGGAAGCUCCAACUUUAUGAGGGAGAGAAGGUGGCUAGCCAGACCUGAUCUCUAUUCUUUGGGACUAGCUAGGUGGUUUUUUCUUUUCUUUUUUUUUUCGUUCUUUUUUUAGCAGGAAUAAAUCAAGUGAGAAUAAAUCAGCAGUUUUGAAGAUUCAA